AUGCUGGACGAGGAGCUCUCCAUCCCAAAGGCGUCGGAUCAGACCUACAUCGCCAAGGUGCUCAAGGCGCACGGAAAGCACCCCCGGCUGAUUGCCCCGAAGUUCUCUGGCACGCUACAGUUUGGAAUCCGGCACUUCGCCGGCAACGUGACGUAUUCUUGCGAAGGCUUCCUCGAGAAGAACGACGACAAGUUACCAGACGACGCGGUCGAGUGUCUGCGGAAGUCGGAGUUGACCGUUUUGCAGGAGAUCGCAGAGGCGGUGUCCGCCGAAGUGAAGGAGUCGAGCGGGCAGCGCGGCAAGAAGGUGCAGACGGUGAGCGUCAAGUUUCGGAAGUCCCUAGCCUCACUGAUGGACAAGCUGAACACCGCCCAGCCGCACUUCAUCCGCUGCGUCAAGCCGAACCCUGACAAGCGGCCGUUCCAGUUCGUCUCCUCAAUGACCCAGGAGCAGCUGGUGUACAGCGGGGUGAUGGAGGCCGUUCGCAUCUGGCAGCUGGGGUACAGCACGCGAUUGCCCUUCGACGAGUUCGUGAGGCACUUCGAGUGCCUGGUCGACCCAGGCCCAGCCCGUCUGCUCACCCAGGGCUCGAGCUGA